UCAUGGUCAUGUCAGGCACUUCAUAUCCCAAGGGACGGGUGAAAAGAACAAGAAAAAGGAAGAAAAAAUUCCCCAAAAAAAUUAUUGCGAAAUUUAUGAUUUGGUCGUUAUGAUCCUGGCCACGACACAUGACUCGGCCACUGGCCCAGCAUCCCAAGAGAGCGGUGGACACGACUCUCUUGAUUGGGCUGGACGUUUGGCCUUGUCUUUCCCCUUCUCUCCUAAUGCCUAUUUUCAAGAGGCGUUUUUCGUUAUGGUUUUAUCUUUUCCUGUUUGGCGUCACUAUCUGAGUGUUUUGAUACAAGUCAUGUUUAAUCCUCCCUUGGAAACUGGUGGGAAUACGUUAUUUACUUUUAUCUGCUCCCUCUGGGAUGUCAGAUCCAAGACCAACCGCAACUGCGGAAACGGUCACCUUCACGUUUUACAUCACACGAAUCGAAAGUGCUUCGUUUGUGUGGGUUUUAUAUACUGGGGCCAAGAGGCCACCGGGGUUACUGGGAAGGAAAGAGGAAAACAAGAGUCCCUUUUGGUUUACUUGUACAUGACAUCGACUUCCGCGAGGAGUUGGGACUUUGGGAACGGGACAGGAAAGAGAAUGGCGUUUUGACGAGGCCGAGGUGAAGCCCGGGUCAAGUACGGGUUACAUCCCGGGCUUUUGCUGGCAUACGUGUGUAUAUUUGCUGGGAUGGACGAGACGAAGAAAGAGUGAUAAUGGGGUUAUCUGGAGGCAGCUGGGAAAUGCCGGGCAUGUCGUUCGGUUGGAAGAUACCUGAGCGGAUGUAUGAGUACCGCGCCUAGUUGGCUCGAGACGUAGGAGUCUCGAGCUGGCAACACCAAUGUGCUGGAAAAUGCACACAUUGAACCCCCAUCUUUUGUCUGGUCUGAUGUGAUACCGGCUGAAUAAUUGUCGCGU